UAACGUGAAACUAGAAUUCAGUGUCUCCUGUUUUCUAGUCUGGUUUCUAGAAGUCAAGCUAAUUUAAUAUUACUAAACUUAAUUUCUAUUACUAGAAAUAGAAGUAAUUAAUAUUACUAAACUUAAUUUCUUUGCAGUAAUAUUUAAAUACUUCCAAGUAAAAUAGAGUUAAUAAUUUGUACUUCUACUAAAUAAUUGAAAAAAUAGUCCCUCUUCAGUUUCUUUGCCCCUAUUUUUCUAAUUUGCAGUAAAUUGUUAAAAAAAUUAAUAUGCUUAACAUUGUUUUGCCACUGUUUAACAUUAACAAUAAAGAGCAGUUCCAUGCCUCUCUAUAAUUAGUGCUUUAGAGCUCCUGACUUGCGUAACAGAUUUAGAUUUUAUUGCAUAAGUAGAUAACAAUCCAGUAGUGUAGGUAUGUUGCUUCUAAGCGCCAGUCCAUACAGCAAAGUUUUACAUCUAACUUUGCUAGCCAUUGUUUUGGCACCUGGCCUUGCUUAAUAAGAGUUUUAUAUUCAACUAAAACACCAAAUUCCCAGGCGCCUAACACUAAACUCAUCUAGUUCUGGGAUAGAGAAAAGAACAAACCCACAAGCCUCAUCCUCUAGUCUAGCACACGGCAAGCCGCUGAAGGGGAAACACUAUUUCCGGUCAGUGGUGCUUGGUACAUCAGAGCUACGCCUAAAGAGAAUCUUGACCUUCUCCACCUUCCGGGUCCUUUAACUCUCUCCUCCCCUUUCUUUUGUCGUUCCGCUCCCUCGUUUAAUCAGCCCUUGAGAGUCUGGGCGCCAUUUCCGGCAAGCGCGUGGUUUCCUUUCCCGGGUCGCGCUUCCUCCUUCCUGUUCCUUCGCUGCGAGUUUUCUCAUUGGCCCUCGCGGAGCUGGGCAGGGCGGCCCAAGCGAUUCUGUGCUGUGGGGCGAGCGAGGAGGCGAGCAAAUGAAUGGUGUCAGCUACGGGUUCUUGCGGCGUCUGCUCGGCACUUUGAAGGCCCUUCCCUUGUCAAGGCGUCCGGGCAAACAGCGGCUGACUUGGUGGUUGCCUGCCUUCCCCAUGGAGCGGGCGGUAGUGCGCUGCGUCCCGGCGGAGCCUAAGCUGAGCGUCUCCAUCGUGCUGCAGGACGGUAAGACCCGGCAUGUGCACCGAGACCAGACGGAGCCUCUGGGCCAGGCGCUGGCUCGCAUCGCCAACAACGUCAGCAAAGGCCAUGCCAAGAAGGCCAAGAAGAGCAAGAAAGCGCAGACCGAGACCGAGUCCGGGGCGCCGGGGACGCCUUCUGAGCUCGUCCCCGUCCGCCUUUUCUCCCAGGACGGGGAAGCCGUGGCCGAGGACGUGCCCAACCAGGAAGCUUGGAAAGACGGGUCGGUGCUGCAAAUCGGCGAGACCCGCUACCGUGUGGAGCGCAAUCCGCCCACGCUCACCGAGCUGCAGCUCCCGCGCUCGCUCAUGGCCGGCUUCCCCGUGUGCCCCAAGCUCCAAGUCGAGUUCGGCUCCGCCCGCGACUGCCUCUUCCGCUGGUAUUACGAGCAGAAGAUCGAGCCGGCUGAGACAGCAUCGGCUGCCCCGAGCAACAGCUGGGUGGAAGCCCCGGCCGGCUCCGAACGCGUCUUCAUGCCGACCAACGCUCAGAUCGGAAGCCGCCUGAAGCUCGUGUGCAUCCCGGGCAGUAGCGAGAGGCGCUACGGGCUGCCCCGCGAGGCGGAAAGUGUAGGCCCCGUGGAGGCUGGCCCGGGCGCCUGCACUUUCGAGGCGCGGCAUCUCUACACCAAGAAAGUCGCGGUGCCGGGACUGAUCCGCAUGGUUUCCUAUAACAUCCUGGCCGACAUCUACGCCAGGACUGAGCUCUCGCGGACUGUCCUUUAUCCGUAUUGUGCUCCCUACUCGCUGGAGCUCGACUACCGGCAAAACCUGCUCAAAAAAGAACUGGCCGGCUACAACGCCGACAUCAUUUGCCUGCAGGAGGUAGACAAGUCGGUCUUCGUGGAUAGCCUGGGGCCUGCGCUUGAUGCCUUCGGCCUGGAGGGGCUGUUCCGGAUCAAAGAGAGGCAGCACGAAGGCCUGGCCACUUUCUACCGAAGGGACAAAUUCCGUCUCCUUAGUCAGCACGACAUUGCCUUCAAUCAGGCUCUGCUUGAAGAUCCGUUGCACAGAGAACUGCGGGACAAGGUGGCUACCUGCCCGCAGGUUGAGGAAAGUCUGCUUAAGCGAUCAUCCGCCCUACAGGUUUCUGUCCUUCAGUCUCAAAAUGAUUCUUCAAGAAAGAUUUGUGUAGCCAACACUCACUUGUUUUGGCACCCAAAAGGUGAAAAUAUCCGUCUAAUCCAAGUUGCAAUAGCGUUAUCCCAUAUUAAGCAUGUGAUCAAUGACAUGUAUCCUGGUACACCUCUCAUCCUCUCUGGGGAUUUUAAUGCCACACCAUCAACUGGAACAUAUACUUUUGUCAAUAGUGGUAGUAUUACCGAAGAUCAUGAGAGCUGGGAUUCAGAAGUUAAAGAGCAACGGUUUGCUAUGUCUCUAACCCACCAGUUCGGUCUUAAAAGUGCUUGUGGAGAACCAGCCUACACUAAUUAUGUUGGAGGCUUUCAUGGAUGUUUGGACUAUAUUUUCAUUGAUGCAAAUGUUUUGGAGGUUGAACAGGUAAUUCCACUGCCAAGCCAUGAAGAAGUAACCACCCACCAGGCCUUACCAAGUGUUUCACACCCAUCAGAUCAUAUAGCACUAAUAUGUGAUAUAAAGUGGAAAUAAUCUCAUUAUUUUUGGAAACGUGCUACUUGUGAAAAAUUAAGUUGGAAUGCUUUGAUCACAAUUAUAUAUCAUUUAUAAUUCUUUGUAAGUGGUCAUACUUUUUAUAACAGCGUUCUUAUGUACCAGUGCUAUAUUUUUCUUCUAUUAAUGAACAGAAUCAAUACAAUUUGAAACUCUGAUUGUCCUAUUUCAUUUUCAGAUGACUUAAAAUAAGGAGUAAGACUGGUUUGUUUAAACUGAUAUUUGCCAAUCAGUCACUACUGACAUGUUGAGGGAAUACCCACUAUGUUGUCUUUAUAAGACUGUAUUAAAGAUUCAAAAAAAAUUAUUCUGACAGUUCCCACUAUAUUGAGGGAAAAGCUCUUUCAUACAAACCAAAAUAAUUUGGGUUUAAAUAAUAGUAAUAUUAUGGUAUAUUUGGGCAGUGAUUUUUUUUUUUUUGACUAAAGGCCGAUUUUGCUAGGGAGCUUAAUUUUGAUCAAUAGUAAUCCACGUUUAGGGGAGCUUAAGGACUAUUGCUUCUUGCUGUUUUGGAAAGUUUGCAAAGAAUUUUCAUGGUUUGAGCAAGGUCUAAGCAGCAAAGACUCAGUGGAUGACAACCUCACUUAUUUCAUUUUAAGCAAAUAUAAGUAAUUAAAGAGAUGCUGUAGCUGCAUCUUUGAGAUGGGACUAACUUUCUCUAGUGUCUUGUCUCGCUGACAGAGGCUAUAAGAGGUAAUUUAGCUCCAGUUAACCCUCUUCCAGACUGGUUCACAAGACCAAGUUAAAAAGGUACUCAACUGUUAAUCCUGUGUACAAGGGCAAAUUGUCUCCUUUAUUAACUAAGGAUGUUUGAAUGUCCAGAUGUAAUCAACAUACUGGUGUUACUGGUAACCUGGUUAAGCAUGUUCUGCACCCUGCACCUUUAAAUCCUGAAUCUUUGUUAGCUGCCCAAAGUUACGGAUUUGAGAUAGGUGACCAUAUAAAUAAAAUAAACUAACUAAAAUGAUUAAUUGCUUAACUGUUUGAUCUGUGACCCCAUCAUGUGACAGUGCUAGGUCUACUUCUUGCAGCUUAUGUUAACUGUGACUAAUGAUGGAGGAUGUUGGCACCCCAUUUCAUUGCCCUAAUUUGUGUAAGAUAAGAUUAUUUUAUGGCUAGCUACUUUAUGGUACAAGGUCAUGCAACCAUAAUUAUGGCUAAUUUUAUGUCAAUUUGCAUAGAUUGUUAAACUAGAUACCAGAUUAACCAUGGUUUAGUAUUCCAUAUGAAAACAGUAUAACUCAUUUUUGUCUGUCAGGUUUGUUAAUUUAUGUAGUUUCUGGAUCCUUUAUUUACCUAACCAGAUUGCUACAGUAUAUUCAGUCUGUGUGUUAUAUACUAUUAAAAACUCUUGAUUCCUGUAACCUUUACCUGGGCAAAACAAUGCAACAAAAGGGUUAAACAUUUUAAACAAGUUAGCUCAAAUGGACUAAUUUACAGAAUGUGUCCAAAAUCUGGGACCCAUGUCUCUUAUGAAACUGAAAUUUGGCAAGUUUUAUGAUGACAUAAACAUAUAAAACACUAUGAUGUGAUACACACGUUAAGCACUAUGACGUGAUACAAAUAGUGUUUGAUUCUGCUAUAGAGUUCAACAUGGGCUAUUUUCAAAGCAGAUGUAUCUCUGAAUGUAUCCCAGCUUUUCCAGUUAAAGCAGUAUAUUCAAAGCUCUGCCAUUGUCAAAGGCAAUGAGAAAUCUGAGUAAGAAAGUUCUGAAAGCAUGACCCAACCAGUCAUGAGUCAGCUGGUAUCAUCCAAAAGUUAACUUUUGCUCUAAUUGGUAAAUACACUCCACAUAAUUUUUCUGACAGUUGAAAUUAGUUAUACUUGACUCAGGUACUUAAAAAACUCCCACUUGUAUAAACAUUUUGAUAUUAACUGCUGCAUUUUCACAAUGUUUGACUCCUAGAAUCCUUUGGAAAACCAGAGUUUAGAAGCAAAUGGCAAUUGAAAAAAAACUACCUUGUACACCACCACGUCUUGUGCUAAGAAUACAAAACAAUUUAACAGAGGAUCUAAUAAGCUGUAAUAACCAAUGUUGAAAAUCUCAAUUUUGAACAGCAAAAAAAUAGUAUUUCAGUAAUUUUUAGAAAGCCAUAAGCCAUGAUGUAAAUGCAAAUGUAUCCCUUAAGAACAGCAUCUUAAAAAAAAUUAAAUCUUUGUUUCCUUUGACGGCAUUCAGGCAACCUUGCCUAAGAUAUACAAACUGGAAGGAAUGUAGUGUGAGCUAUUUGUUUUUAAGUUAUUUUCAGGUUUGAACAUCAGAUUUAGUUUUUUCUCGUUUGAAUAGCCUGGCAAUAUUAAAUGUUCCUGCUUAAGACUGGAAUGAGAACAUAAGUCAAAGAAACAAUGCUGAUCUGUGCAAGCCCUAUUAAGUAACACAAGGUCUGAUUGGCUUAAUGUAACCAACAAUUUUCUGAGUAGAUAUAGGAAUGUUAUAAAAGUAAAGUAUUUGACAAAAUAUCUGAUAACAUUCUGGUAGAUAGAACGAUUACUAAAUGUAUACAUACAUGGCUGAACAUUUAUACAGUUAAAGUAAAAAACUGGAGAAGGCAUCUAAUGGAGUGCCAAAACAUGCAGUCAUGAGACCAAUAUUCCUUAACAUUUUUAUUAAUGACUAGGAUGAAGAGGUAGAUGGAAAUAUGGAUUCUGUGGACACUACAUAGUGCUAUUACAUCCCAACAUGUUUGCAAAGUACUGAUGACAGUUCUCAAAUUGUGCUAAUUUCUUAAAUACCAUAAUUUGUCAAAAAAGUAUAACAAGCCAAAGAAGAUAUUAUGGCUUAAUAUGAAGUAUGAAGCUAAUGUAUGUAUUAUGUAAAUUUAGCAGUUUGGAGAAUUAUUUGAAUGAUAUAAAGUAAUUCAAUAAAUUAAAAAUUCAGUUUUAAAUGCAUCAUUUUUGGGGUGCUAGUUAUAAAUGAGUUUAAAAGACAUUAGAAAAUUCACAUUUUUGAGAAGAGAUAUAUGAAAAUUUCCAAAUUAAGUGGCUAUCAGAUUAUCUAAGCAUCAAAUAAUUGACUACGUGGGACUCACAGGACAAUUGCCAGCAAACCAAAGUGUUCUGUCAAUCAUUAAUGAAACAGACUCUUUGGGCAGUUUGAACUUUAUUACAUUCUGAACUCUAAGUACUCUCAUAUCUGGACAUCUUAAAAGGAUUUAAUUUACAGCUUCAAAACACUUUUACAAGAUUUAGCUUUGAUAAUUAAUCAGUUAUGUUGUACACAACUUUUAACUGCCCAUCUUAAUUUUUUGCCAAAUUGAAAACAAUUCAAAAUCUAUUCAGAUCUGUUUGUGUUCAAGGUACAGAAAAAACUCCGUUUAUUGAAAAAGAAUCCGUCACACAUUCAUUAUCAGUUCCACAAACGUAAGAUUCAAGGAGCAUACAACAAAGCUAUACAUUUUUAUCAUUUUAAUUAGGAAUAAUUCUGAAUAGGUUAUAAAGAAAUUAAUCCAUCAAGUCUGAAGAAUUUUCAAAAUCUCUUCAUGAAGAUAUGUUCACCAAUAAACAGUAAAACUUUAGCAGAACUAUUAUACACUGGGCAAAACAGGCUGAUACUGAAAGCAACAUGCAAAAAGAAAAAAAAAA